AUGUCUGCCCCCAAGAUUCCCACCGAACAAUGGGCUCAGAUUGCCGAGAAGGUCGGUGGUCCUCUCCAAUACAAGAAGAUCCCAGUCCCAAAGCCCGGCCCUGCGGAUGUCCUGAUCAACAUCAAAUAUUCUGGCGUCUGCCACACCGACUUACAUGCGCUCAAUGGCGACUGGCCUCUCGAUGUCAAGCUGCCCCUUGUCGGAGGUCAUGAGGGUGCAGGCAUCGUUGUGGCGCGUGGCGAGCUGGUCACCGAUGACAUCGCCAAGAUUGGCGAAGCUGUCGGUGUCAAGUGGCUCAACGACUCCUGCUUGUCUUGCACAUUCUGUCAGCAAGCCGAUGAACCUCUCUGCCUGAAGGCCAAGCUGUCCGGCUACACCGUCGAUGGCUCGUUCCAACAAUUCUGCGUUGCUUCCGCAAGACACGUCUCCCAUAUUCCCGAGGGCGUGCCUCUCGAUGAGAUUGCCCCGGUCCUCUGCGCCGGUAUUACAGUCUACAAGGGGUUGAAGGAAUCAGGCGCAAGACCCGGCCAAACGGUAGCCAUCGUGGGUGCCGGUGGUGGGUUGGGUGCUCUCGCACAACAAUAUGCGAAGGCCAUGGGACUUCACACCAUUGCCAUCGAUACGGGCGACGACAAGAAGAAACUUUGCGAGGAGAUGGGAUCCAAGGUCUUCAUCGACUUUGCCAAGUCCAGCGACAUUAUCAAAGAUGUAAAGGCUGCCACCAAGGAUGGCCUAGGUCCGCACGCUGUCCUUCUCGUCGCCGUCAGCGAGAAGCCCUUCCAGCAAGCCGCCGAGUAUGUCCGCCCUCGGGGUACUGUGGUUGUCAUCGGUCUCCCAGCCAAAGCCUACAUCCGAGCACCAGUGUUUGAAUCAGUGGUGAAGAUGAUUCGGAUUCAGGCUUCGUAUGUCGGCAACCGACAAGACGGCGAGGAAGCGUUAGACUUCUUUGCUCGUGGAUUGAUCAAGGUGCCAUUCAAGACGGUGGAUUUGAAGGAUCUUCCGAAAGUUUUCGAUUUGAUGCACCAAGGACAGAUCGCUGGACGAUAUGUGCUGAAGAUACCAGACCCUGAGUAG